AGCCACCUGCUUGAACCAUUCCAAUUCGAGAAGAGCUUGCUCUAUCACCGUACGAUGAACUUCAAUAUCCUGGGCCAGCUCACUGACAUGAUCUUCCAUAACAGCUCUGAAGAUGUCUUUGAGGAGAUGGCGAGUGGUUUCCGGCGGCCUGUUUCGGAAACCAUCGAUGAAAUAGCGUCGCGCAUACUCGUACACCUGGUGAUGCGCUCGUUGCAUAAAUCCGCCAAAUCCAUCAAUGCCAAACUUUUGCUCCAUAGCUACUAGCAGAUUCUUUUGCUCGCCGUUACGCGUGAUGACGUGCUCCUCUAGGGCUUCAUGGAUCAAACUUUCCAAGUCCGGAUGGUCGUUCACACCGUGUCUCAGAACUUCGCGAUGUAUAUCAUGACGUGUCUUCAACAGCGUGUCGAUCGCAAACCGUUCCCAGUUAUAGUUGACACGACCAAUCAGCCUCACGUAUAAUGACGACGGGAUCUCGCUAUGCGGCCGAAAGUCCUCCCAGUUGCCGUUCACGAGCCGCUCCAUCAGCCAUCCGUCCAGUGAGAGCCGGUAUCGUGUCUCAGCGUCUGCAACCUCGAAAUGGCAGUAGUCAGUGUUGCAUUCGAGCCAGUGUACUUCAACGAUCUUGGAGACGACGUUUUGGAUAGUACCAAGACCGUGCUCCACGUAGUCGUGCGCCACGGAACUAAACGUGGGAUAAGAGGGUCUUAAAG